AUGUUGCUAGCGACGGUUAGUAAAUUCAUCAUUGAUCUAGAGGAUAUACAAUGUCCCUUGGACCCCACGAUAGAAAGGGAAGAUAAAGGAGAUCAGAGCAAUGCAGAGAUCAAGAGAGAGAAGAAGAAGUAUGUAGUUACACUCUCUGGGUUAUUGAAUCUUAUAGAUGGGAUUUGGUUGGCUUGUGGACAAGAGAAGAAAAAAUUACAGAGCAAUAGUAUUAGUCCUGGUGAAAGUUAUACAAAGUCAAGACAAAAGAACGCUAUAGGUCUAAUAGGAGACAUGCUAGAACAGUUUAUACUAGAGAAAGGAAAGAAGGUGACUCAGAGUCUAAACCGAAACCAGUAG